AUGGUUGAUCUCUUACUAUCCAGGCAUGGGCUCGAAAUUGGAGAUUCGUUGAUGUACGUUAUUCGCGAAAACCAGUAUUCAAUUGUUGUCAAGCUUCUCGAUAUUUUACCAUCGGAAAACCCGGAAAACGUCAAAUUAGGUUACGAUGUUGGCGGCCCAGUGUGGACAUGUGAAAGUCAUCAGUCUGUUGCUGAAACGUGGCCAUACAAUUUCACUAUCUGUAAGUCAUUGGGUCAACUCAAUAAUGGUCUUGGGGCCGCUGAACUUAAACUCUCCGUAUUCCGAGCACUCGCUAAUUCGUCGUACAUCUCAUUGACGUCACAAGAUCCGAUUCUUACAGCUUUCCAGCUCAGCAAGAUACUGCUAGACCACGGAAAUGUAGACCGUAUAUUCAAAUCCGAUUACGAACUGUUGAAUUUACAGUAA